CCAAUGCUACGUACUGCAACGCGAAACCGAUCGAGGAAAAAGGCCAACCCACUCUACAUCAUUUCUCCUGCUUUGUUGGAUCUACGGUACUGUAACUCUCUAGAUGCGUAAGAAGCAAUUCCAAGACGAACCUCAAGCGCAAACAAUAUAGAAAUGGCUCUUCGACGACCUCCCACUCGCGUAGAAUUGAAAGCUGACGACAUAGACGAGUACACGAAGGUUAGUGACGACUAUUCGGUUGGGUACAGAAUCAUUCUUUGGUUUCUUCGCGCCAGCCAUUGAUUUCAAUUUAAUCCACUUUUGGCUUUCCAUUAAAAACAACCCAACAUCCUUUGGUGUCAAGCGAUGCAUUGGUGAGAGGAGUUCUGUAAUGAGUAACGUGGAGAACCAGCUCGCUAACUCGCAACGUUUGCCUUGCAUUUGAACGUGUUUCCGAUAUUCAAAGAUAAUAAGAGAAAAAGAAAUGAGCAUGGAGGAUCCUAUGGCAAUGCAACACGGUGAAGCUGGUAGAAGCAGUGGUGCAGAUGGUGGGCGCAUGAAGCGAUCGAACAUGACUCCUGGAGCUAAGAAAUCAUCCGCAGCUCAACGGAUUGGAAUAGGUCGUCAGAGAUGACAAUCGCACGACCAAAGCGUAUAGAGGACAUGCGAUGCACAAAUAAUGAAUAUGCAGUAAC